UAGCUGCUAGCUAACUACUUCAAUUGGUAAUCUGUCAGCCUGGAGCUAGAAGCACACACACUGCUGGGCUCUACACUCUUCCGGAUUACUCUCCUUUGAUGGGAGCUGCCCCGGGCAGAGUUGAGGCUUGAUUCAAAAGCUGCUGCUCCAAGCCAAGUUGCUCUUUUUCUCAGGCUGUUUCUUUGCACUACCACAGCCUAGAGGGAUAACUUUUAUGGCACUGAAGGCCAACUGAGCAGAGGGGGACUCUGGCGAUACUGGAGGAUUAGACCGUGCUGUGAGAGUGGGGACCGGACCAGGAAAGCAGGCCCCCAGCAAAACACAUGAUGCUGCAGGCACACUAGGUUUCCUGUGUGACCCCCUUCUGUGCGACAUUUUUUUUCCUUCUUUUCCUGCAUUCUCAUCGAUUUGGAUGGUUGAACACAAGGGCUACUUUGAAGGAGCCCACCGGUGGCUGUGGUUUGGCCAAAGCUGACAGACUGCUUGCCAGCUAUUGCUGAUAAAGUACCCUUGUCCACUGCUGCCACUUGCUGUAGCCCCCUUGGUGGUCUCCAGUAUGGUAAGGGGAAGCUUCAUCGCAGGAGUGCAACGGAAACAGUAAUACCGGUGUAGCUGCUCAUUUCCCAUUCCUUUGCACUUUGAUUAAUUUCAUUCAAGGACUUUUUUUUUUGUGCCGUAAAAAACACAGCCAAGGUCAUUUUUUAAAUAUUUAAUCCCUGGAAAGAAUCCUACUCCAGAGGAGGAUGAAGUUGAGGAAACAGGUGACAGUGUGUGGAGGAGCCAUAUUCUGUGUGGCUGUAUUCUCUCUGUAUCUGAUGUUGGAUCGAGUCCAACAUGACCCUGCAAGGCGACAGAAUGGCGGGAACUUUCCACGGAGCCAAAUCUCAGUUCUGCAGAACCGGAUAGAGCAGCUGGAGCAGCUUCUGGAGGAAAACCACCAAAUUAUCAGCCACAUAAAGGACUCUGUGAUGGAGCUCACAGACACAGGAGCUGUGUCUCCCAGCGGCCACCUGCCAUUCAGAAGUGCCAAUGGUUCCUGGGUCCUACCCUUCGACGGUCGUCCCACUUUCCUCGCUGUCAAACCCCAGGAUUGCCAAUCUGCUUUAGGCAGCCAUGGUCAAGCAGAUGUUCAGAUGCUGGAUGUGUACUCCAUCCUCAAGUUUGACAACCCUGAUGGUGGCGUAUGGAAACAGGGCUUCGAAAUUACUUAUGAAGCUGACGAGUGGGACAAUGAACCACUGCAAGUGUUUGUAGUUCCCCACUCCCACAAUGAUCCAGGUUGGAUUAAGACUUUUGACAAGUACUUCACAGACCAGACGCAGCAUAUUUUAAACAACAUAGUGGUGAAGCUGCCCGAAGAUCCUCGAAGGAAGUUCAUCUGGUCUGAGAUUUCAUUCUUCGCUAAGUGGUGGGAGACGGCAGACACAUACAAGCAGGAGGCUAUGCGCAAAUUGAUCCUUGGAGGGCAGCUAGAGAUUGUCACAGGAGGCUGGGUUAUGACGGAUGAAGCUAACGUUCACUACUUUGCCAUGAUAGACCAGCUCAUUGAGGGACAUCAGUGGCUGGAGAGAAAUAUAGGUGUCACUCCUCGCAGCGGGUGGGCGGUAGACCCUUUUGGUCACAGUGCCACCAUGUCCUAUCUGCUGAAGAAGGCCAACCUGACCAGCAUGCUCAUCCAGAGGGUUCACUACUCCAUCAAAAAACACUUUGCCUCCACCCGCAGCCUGGAGUUCAUGUGGAGGCAGGCCUGGGACACCGGAUCAAAAACGGAUAUUUUUUGCCACAUGAUGCCGUUCUACAGCUACGAUGUGCCUCACACCUGCGGGCCCGACCCCAAGAUCUGCUGCCAGUUCGAUUUCAAGAGGUUACCAGGUGGUCGGAUAAACUGCCCCUGGAAAGUGCCCCCAAAACCUGUGGUGGAGGCCAAUGUAGCAGAGAGGGCAAACCUGCUCCUGGAUCAGUACCGUAAGAAGUCCAAACUCUACCGCAGCAAGGUGCUUCUGGUCCCUCUGGGAGAUGACUUUCGCUACGACAAGGCGCUGGAGUGGGAUCAGCAGUUCAACAACUACCAAAAGCUGUUUGACUACAUGAAUUCUCACCCAGAGCUGCACGUACAAGCUCAGUUCGGCACGCUCACAGACUACUUCUCCGCUGUAUACAAAGCAAAGGGAGUGGCCCAGGGGUCCAGACCGCCAGACUUCCCAGUGCUUAGUGGAGAUUUCUUCGCCUAUGCAGACCGAGAGGACCACUACUGGACCGGCUAUUUCACCUCGCGGCCCUUUUACAAGAGCCUGGACCGCAUAUUAGAAUCACAUCUCAGGGGGGCAGAGAUCCUCUACAGCCUGGCGGUAGCGAGCGCUCGACAUGUGGGCAUGGAGGGGCGCUACCCCAUCUCAGACUACGCUCUGCUCGUUGACGCGAGGCAGACUGUCGGCCUGUUCCAACAUCACGACGCCAUCACCGGCACGGCAAAGGAGAAUGUGGUUGUUGACUACGGCACCAGAUUACUGCGUUCACUCACCGGUCUGAAGAGGGUAAUCAUCAAUGCUGCUCAUUUCCUGGUGAUGAAAAACAAAGACUUUUAUCGCUUUUACCAGACUGAGCCCUUCCUUGAGACGGAUGACAGGCGUGCUACUCAAGACUCUCUGCCUCAGCGCACUUUAAUCGAGCUGGACCCAGCAGGCCCGAGGUACCUGGUUCUGUUUAACCCCAUCGAGCAGGAGCGCCUUUGCGUGGUCACAGUGUUGGUCAACACGGUCAGGGUGCGGGUGCUCACUGAGGACGGACAGACCCUCCCCGUGCAGCUGAGCGCUCAGUGGAGCUCGGCCAGUCAAAUGAGUGCAGAGGUGUUUGAGGCUACGUUCAUGGUCCGUCUGCCGGCUCUGGGCCUGGCGGUGUUUCACCUGUACGACUCGGCAGACUCGCCCCUGACGCUGCGCUCCGACACGCUGCUCCGGCUGUCGGCUCGCGGCACCUCCGCCCGAGCCUUGGACCCACUUCCUGUUCGCUCUCAGCAGGCCGAGCCGCAGACCUUCUUCAUCAGCAGCCAGACUCUCACCCUGGGCUUCUCUGGAACCACUGGCCUGCUGGAGAGUAUCAAGCGAAAGGAUGACCCUCAGGAAAUCAAGGUUCAGAUUCAGUUCAUGGUCUACGGCACCCGCCCCUCCAAAGACAAAAGUGGCGCUUACCUCUUCCUGCCUGAUGGAAAAGCAAAGCCCUACAACCAGAAAGAGCCCCCCGUGGUGCGCGUGGUGGAGGGCCCUCUCUUCUCCGAGGUGGUGGCAUACUACCAGCACUUUCAGCAGACCAUCCGCAUACACAAUGUGCCAGGGGUGGACGGGCUUUCUAUAGAAAUCACCACCGCCGUGGACAUCCGUGAUCAGACCAAUAAGGAGCUGGCGAUGCGCCUGGUCACUGACAUCCAGAGUGGGGACGUCUUCUACACAGACCUCAACGGAUUCCAGAUGCAGCCGCGCCGCCACCUGAUGAAGCUUCCCCUGCAGGCCAACUUCUACCCCAUGCCCAGCCAGGCGUACAUCCAGGACAGCAACAACCGCCUGACGCUGCACACCGCUCAGGCUCUGGGCGUCACCAGUCUGGAGAGCGGCCAGCUUGAAGUGAUUAUGGACCGGCGGCUGAUGCAGGAUGAUAAUCGGGGGCUGGGUCAGGGUCUGAAGGAUAACAAGAAAACCACCAACCGCUUCCGCCUGCUGCUGGAGAGGAGGUCCAUCGGAAACAUGAUGAUGGACAGCGCCACAACCAGCUUCCCGUCCAUCCUGAGUCACAUGACCAACUCCUUCCUGAACCACGAGGUCUUGCCGCUGCCCGUUCUGCCUAAAAGACGCGGCGUCCCCCCCCUGGAGACCUUCGCCCCUCUCAAGUCCAUCCUGCCCUGCGACUUCCACCUGGUGAACCUGCGCAGCAUCCACAGCCAGAAGGACCCCCACUCUCCGUCUGCGUACACAGCUUUGAUUCUUCACCGGCUGGCGCUGGACUGCGGCCUGGAGGCUCAGAACCUGGGCUUUAACUGCACCACCUCACAAGGCCAGCUGAGCGUCUCGGGACUGUUCCGGACCCUGGACCUGCAGCUGCUGCAGCCCAUGUCCCUGACCCUGAUGCACCCCAGCACGCCUCUGACCAACGACUCCUCCAUCAGCCUGGACCCCAUGGAGAUCUCCGCCUUCAAGCUCAAACUGCGCUAGGAACCGUCCAGAAUAAAUACAAAUAAAAACCCUCCAGACUUCUUGGCCCUAUGCUGGCCACACACUAGCAGAGGGGGGGUCUCUCUGUUUCUAAAGCAGAACCACAAACACUUAAGCCUGGAGAGGAAGGAUCCACUGUAAGGGGACGGACUGCACAACAGGGGGCAGGCGAUAGCUGUCACCGUGGACAUAGGAGAGCAGCAGAACCCGGGUGAACUCGCAGCUGCUCCAAAAAACAAGAAGGACUGCCAGGAUGGCUCCUCAGAUACGACCAGGGUCUGUGUCUGAAAUGGAAACGUGUUUGGUUCUGUUUGUAAGAACUCUGUCUUUUUCUAUCUCCAUCCUGGACUGAACUACUGAAUGUAAAUAUCCCAAAUGAUGGGAGGGGUUAGGGGGUGGGGGUGGGGGGUCUAGGACUCAUUCCACAUCAGAGUGCAAUUUUACAAAGCUUUAUUUGGUGUAUGGGUUGUUGUUUUUUAUGUAUGCAAUGAAGAAGACACAUCACGGCGAUUUGUUUUUGUACUUGUACAACUUUCUUUUGUUUUCCGACAGACUCGAAUGCAGCAAAGAGAAUGUGUGGUCUCCCUUCAGCUGGUGGGGAGACCCGAGCUGCGACUCUUUAAGUAUGUCUGAGUCUAAAGGACCCAACGGCAGUCACUAAGUGAUAAAAUGUGAUCAUUAAUCAUAUCAGACUGUUCUCCUUCUGUUCGCUGGUUUUGUGUGUAGAUAGUCGGGAGACUUUCUUUCCUUCACUUAUUUUUCCCUCUCCGAGCUUCCUCCUUGCUGAUGAGAAAACUUAGCAUUUCUGAGCACAUGUCCAUCAUUCCUGUACUUGUACCACUGGUGAGGGGUGGUGUUGGGUACCAUACUGUAUGCAGUAGAGGACUAGGCAAAGACUAUCUCGUAUAUCCCAUACGGCAGAUAUAUCAGUAUGUGUGUGUCUGUAGAGUUUGUUUAUGUGAAUAUUUGAGGGAUUUAUUUUUUUUGGGGUGUAUUGAGGUCACAGUGCACUCUAUCAGGGACCAUUCAUAGUACUGUUAGGAAUCAUCCAUCCGAGUGUCUGUGGGUCAUAUUAUAGCAGGACAAAGAGAGCUUCCUGGUGAAGAUUUCGAGCAGAAAUGAAAGGGUUAGUUCACCCAAAUUACAACAAUUACAUGUGGUUUCUGGCUAUGCAGAAGAAUUUGAAAUUUGAGUUCUAUAGAGCUGCAAAAGCAAAUUUGAAUCUAUAAAAUGUCCGACAAUUAUGAAGAAUGCCUGAGAUUGUCGUAAUCACUUGUUUUUGUACACACAGCAAUCCAAAACCCAGAGAUAUUAAAAUGUUUCAGACAUUUUCAACUGAAAA